CGACAGGUAGCAAACCCGCCUGCAACCCAACCGUGGCGAAACAGGAAGGUUCUCCUCUCCCCCUGCCCACAUUUUAUAGCGAGCUGGUCUGGUUGGUUUGUCUCUCCAGUUUGCGCAAGCGCCACAGACCGGCUCUGGUGGUUGGAGGGAGCCGCUGCUGUUGCCCGGAGCAUGAACCUCGAGCAGCGCAGGAGGAUGCGCCGCGGCCGGUAGCUCCCGCCGGACACCUUGCAUUGAGGGCCCGCCACUAUGCGCCAGGCCUUGACUCAGCCGCGCCCCAGCGCGAUCCCCCUCUCCGAUUCUGUGGAACGCAAAAUGUGACUGUUGGAGGUUAUUACCCAGGGGUUAUUCUUGGCUUUGGGUCAUUUCUUGGAAUUAUUGGAUCAAAUUUGAUAGAAAAUAAAAGGCAAAUGCUGGUUGCUUCAAUCGUGUUCAUCAGCUUUGGCGUCAUCGCUGCCUUCUGCUGUGCCAUUGUGGAUGGUGUGUUUGCUGCCAGGCACAUAGAUCUCAGACCACUGUAUGCAGGACGAUGUCACUACUAUUCCAAAAGUACAGCUCAGCCAGAGGCAGUCUGCCACCCCCAGCACCGCAGCCCCUGCACGCCCAAGAUCAAAGGCAACACCUGCUUCUGCUGCGACCUCUACAACUGUGGGAGAGUGGAGAUUUCCGGUGGUUAUUACGAGUAUAUUGACGUCAGCAGCUGCCAAGAUAUCAUUCACCUUUACCACCUACUCUGGUCAGCAACCAUUUUGAACAUUGUGGGCUUGUUUCUCGGGAUCAUCACUGCUGCAAUCCUAGGAGGCUUUAAAGAUAUGACUCCCUCACUUCCUGCUAUAAACUGCACAGUUGAAAAUGCACGGCCCACUGUAUCUUACUACUCGAGACCCCAGGUGACGUCAUACAAUACAUAUUACCACAGCACGCCUCACCUGCCGCCAUAUUCAGCCUAUGACUUCCAGCAUUCCAGUGUCUUCCCGGCCUCCACACCAUCUGGCCUUUCUGACGAUCCUCUGUCGGUGUCACCGUCGCCAAGCUACGUCUGGUCCCCUACUGCUCCUCCUCGUUACUCCCCACCGUAUUUUCCACCUUUUGAAAAGCCACCACCUUACACGCCAUGAAGGACGGGUAGAAACUGUGCCACUAAUUGUGAAACCUUUUUGUACUGGAGGGAGGGUGGGGAAGAGAGAGGGGGCACACUUAUUACAUAGCAUACAUAAUCCAUUUAAAAUAGGGGAACCCUGCAACAGUCUUCCCAUAGACCAGGCCUAGGCCAAAUUGAUGCUAAGUGCCAGCAGCAAGAAGGGACAAAUCCUGCAUUCAGCACCUGCAGUCUUGCUCUGUUUGCUUCUUCAAAAUCCAUCAUGAUUAGUUGGCCGCUGUGGACUUGUUGCUUUGAGGGUUUGGUCACUUUGAGCAAAUUGCUGAAAGUGCUGUGUGGCUAAUCAGGCACACCCUGCUUUUCUCAAAAGGUGUUGAUAAAAUGGUGUUC